AGCUUCACCCAAGGCUCCACUAGUUCGCUGUCGGCCAUAGAAACGUCCACCCAGCCUUCCUCAUAUUUGAGUCUGAUACCUUCGGUCCCUCAGCCGCCCGUCACGCCGUACUCCCCCGACGGUGGCCACUUUUAUACCCCCGCUCCUCCCAUCUUCCCGGGCCUGGAGGUCAGGCCUCGACUGGGCUCUAACAGUAGCACGGCCGGCCAGGGCAUGGCGCAUGCCCAUCGUUCCACGACAUUGCCGCAUCCAGGAACACACUUGAGCGCGCGAGAGGCCUACGCAUCGGCGACACCCGCAUUCAGGAGAUCGGAACAUCACAUCCAACGGUCGCCGCCCUUUUCCAGCAUACGACGCAGUAACCUCCUUUCUCCAACCAGCACAUCGACCUCAUACGGGUCUCUCAAGAUGGACACGGGCUAUCCCGGAUCCAGGACCCAGCCCAGCAUCCCUCCCCUGGGCCCCAUGACAUCGCUCGGCCAUCUUUCAUAUGGCGACACAUCGGCCACUCCGAUCCAAGUUGACAUCAGCGGCGUCAUUGACAAGGGCUUCUUCGUGGCCGAGAACGAGUGGACGUGUUAUCGCCGCAAUUACUUCGCGUGCAUAUGCUCCUUCUCCCUGACACCCCUGCUGCCCAACUCGCCCAUCCACUUCCUGCCGACGGGAUCCACGCAGGCCUACAGCGUGUACGGGUUCGCCAUGUGCAUCUCAGCGGUCGUCUCCGACAACGAAAGCCACACCAUCGAGCUGGUUCAGCACACCCCGAAACGAGACAAGGGCCCGAUUGCAAAGCCCGACAAGGUGCGACUGUCACCAAAGCCGCCGCAGGCAAGCCAGCACCCCUUGACAAGCCUCUAUGGGGCCCCAGAGGCCAGCCUCGGAUCGCCGAGAUAUGAGCAGGGCUUCGGUCAGCCCCAACAGAGCUCGGCGCCCACCGAGCACACCUUUGAGCGCAUUCAGUUCAAGCAGGCGACGGCCAACAACGGGAAGCGAAGGGCGGCUCAGCAGUACUACCACCUCCUGGUCGAGCUGUGGGCCGACGUCGGUCAGCAAGGCGGCGGGGAUUCGUGGGUUAAGGUCGCGUACCGGAAGUCGGCCAAGAUGAUUGUCCGUGGCCGGUCUCCAGGCCAUUACCAGUCAGAGAGGCGAGGGAGCGCAAGCAGCGGACCCGGCGGCUCUAGCGGUAGUAUGGGUGGCGGUGGAUACACAACGGGCCUCCUUGGGCCCGGGGAGUAUCCGGCAAACCAGCCCAUGAUGGGAGGAGGAGGCUACGCGCAGCAGUACGACACCCGGUCCGGCGGCUACGGCGGGGCCCGGCCACACCACGAGCUCAACAUGGAGCCGCUUAUUUCAACCGAGGAUGUCAAAGCCAUGACCAGUACCAAAGGAUAUCAGUACUACCCAGCAACCAUUUACGAGAGCGAACAUCAUGACCCGAGACAACAACAACAACAAGAGCAGCAGCAGCAACAACCACAGGAGCAGCAGGAGCAGCAGCAACAGCAUCACCAUCAUCAUCACCACCACCACCAUCAGCAGGUUGAACUGUUCUCACACGCACGCCAGGAGGUUUCGGGGAGCGGUGCGGCACCCUCGAUGAGCGCCAUGUUCGACCCAACCAAGGUCAAGCCGGAGAUGGAGAACGGGCUCCCCAGCCUGCUCUACCACAGCGUUCCGUAUUACCAACGGUGCGGGCGGUUCGAAGGAAAGGCGACGUCGAGCGGCCAGUAUCCGAAAUUGAUCCCCCCACCUUCCACUACCAUGAACAUGACCUGA